AUGAGCAUCGCCCUCUCAAACAAGAAGGGGAAUAAACUUGAAGGAUGGUUCAAAGGCAGAGCAAAGAAAAGACCGAGGAAAGUAAUAGAUAAUACUUGCUUUGAUUCGUUGCCUAUGUGUGGUUUGAAAGUCAAGUUCCCUCAAGGUGUUAAACUGUACCCAUCACAGAAGCUCAUUAUAACUCGUAUCAUAACAGCUGUGAACAAAAAACAAAACGUUUUAGCUGAAAGCCCAACAGGAAGUGGAAAGACUUUGGCUCUGCUCGCUUCAUCAUGUGCUUGGAUUGUCAACUAUAACAAUCAGAAAGCUGAUGCACGAAAUGCUUGUCCGAUUCAUGGACUGGAGAAGAACAAAGAUGCCUUUGAGGAUAUGUGCGAAAUUUCUUUGUUAUCUAAUGGUUUGAACGAUUCUGAUCCCAUAAUUUUGGAUUCUGAGAAUGAAACAUCUAUAUUGAAACCACAUAUACAUCAGGACGAGUAUGAUAAUGAUUUCAUUCCUUCUCCAAUGAUCUCAAAGGUAAAGAGCAAGUUUGAUGUAACGAUGGAUGAUCCGAAGAAACUGGAAUGUUCGUGUCUUCCGCGAGUACGGAUAUAUUACGGGACACGGACUCAUAAGCAAAUCGGACAGGUUGUUAAAGAAUUUUCGAGACUUCCAUAUGCGGGUGUUAUAAAACACACAAUCUUGGCAAGUCGAGAACAAUAUUGUAUAAACGAAAAUGUUCGUCAAUCUGCCGAUAUAACGUCCAAGUGCAAAGAGACCAUAUCUAAUAAUGGGCCGGGAUGUAUGUACAAAACGAAUAUACGCACUUUCAAAAUGGAUCAAGCAAAGCCUUUGAGAAGUCAUAUUGAGCAGACGGGCUCUGUUGUGUUUGACAUAGAAGAAUUGGUUAGUAACCUGAAGGAAGGUAGACCAUCUGCAUGUCCUUAUUUCUCAGCAAAUCGAAUUUUGACACAAGAUGCAGAUUUAAUAUUUUGUCCUUUUUCCUAUCUUGUGGAUCCGAUUAUCCGUAACUCUUCUGACGUGGUCAUGAAGAAUAGUAUUAUUAUAUUGGAUGAAGCUCACAAUAUAGAAGAUACUUGUAGGGAUUCAGCAUCUUUUACUUUCUACGAGAAAGAAAUUGUCGAUGCGCUGACAUCAUUGAAACAGAAAGAGAAUGAAGUGCAUGAAAGCAUCACAGCUUUUUCGGCAGCGGAAGGUGAUGAUGAAGUUAUAAAAGCUAAGCUCAUGGAGUAUAGUAAGGCUUACGGAGUGCUUGUUCAAUUAGUUUCUAAUAUCCGGAAAUGGUUUGUGACCAAGGCUACCCCUGUCAUGAAAGAUCCUAAAGAUAUGUUUGGCAAUCGACAGAGAACUGAGCCUUGGGCAGUAAUACAGGAUACGAUGGGCGGUGUAGACUAUAGGCCUCCUAUUCUGCUUCAAGAAGGCACGCCUGAGUACGACAUAGUGAUGGAAUCUUUUCAUUGCUUCACAGCCCCGAACGAAGAAGGUUCUGUGGAGCUUGAUCAUUACAAACCAUCAGGAGUCGCGAUUGUUUUAAUAGAGAAGUGGAUGUACUUCCAGACAUAUUUCAGUAACAAAAGUUAUAAAACAUGCUAUAAGUUGAACAUAACUCUCGAACAGAUUGAUGAGAAGGCGGUUUCUCAGAACAGUUUCUCGGAAGUUUCGCAAUCUCAGGGUCCUAAAAAUACGAAAUACAGUGACAAUGCGGAGUCUGUCUGGUUAGAUUCCACUACUGGGCCCUUAGGUGUUAAACCUAUUGUUCCAGGGGUGAAGUCUUCAUUCUCAUUCUGGUGCAUGAGUCCUGAGAUCACUUUCAUGGAUGCUUUCCGAGAGUGUCGUUCGGUGGUUCUCGCGUCAGGAACUUUGUGUCCUACAGAAACUUUACAAACCGAGUUGGGUAUGGACUUCAAGUUCCAUGUGGAAGGGUCACAAGUUAUUGAUAAACAGAACAUAUUCGCUGCGAUCCUACCUCUCGGUGUUGAUGGGUCUGAGAUUUCAGCAACUUCGGGUAACUUGCAAAAUCAACAAACUUUAAGUUCGAUUGUAUUGACCAUUGAGAGUAUCUGUGAAACUGUUCCAAAAGGAGUUCUGGUGUUCUUGCCUAGCUACAAGUCGCUCAAAGACUUAACACAGAAAAUGAGAUAUAUGGCUGUUGAUCGUAGGAUACGAACUAGAAAGGUGAUACUGGAGGAACCAAGAAAAGCAUCAGAACUUGGAAACAUAAUGGAUCAAUACUUUGCGGUCAUAAAACAGCCACAAGACUAUGGUACAUCUGUGGAUGGAGCACUGUUGUUCGCUGUGUUCAGAGGAAAAAUAUCAGAAGGAAUUGAUUUCGCAGAUGAUUUGGCUCGAGUUGUGAUAUCAAUUGGCAUCCCUUAUCCAUAUAUCGGAGAAGGAGUGAUCAAAGAGAAGAAGAAAUACAACUCGGAACAGUCGAAGUUAGGUGUUUCAAGAAUAUUAAAUGGCGAUCAAUGGUACAACACACAGGCUUACCGAGCCUUAAAUCAAGCUUUAGGACGAGGACUUAGGCAUAAGAAUGAUUGGUCAGCGUUGAUCAUGUUAGAUGCAAGGCUUAAAAACCAAUUGCAGCCUGACGCGGCUCUAGCUUCAACCAGAGUAUCCAAAUGGAUAAGGGAAUCAUCGAUCUACUACACAUCAUACGGGGAUUUCAAGCAAAGUCUCGAGAGAUUUGUUGAUAACAUGCUCACAAAACGAUAA